GCGUGUACUGGUGUGCACAACUCGCUCUUCGUUGUCGGUCUUCUCCAAGAAGGUUUCGAACGAUGGCGUAGUCCCUAAUGAGACGCUGCUUUUACGGCUUUGCCGCAGUUAUGAUACGCUGCUGGAUUAUUUACGCUAAUACAUGCGAGUAAGCAGAGUUUAAGAGAAGAUGAUCUGACGGUAGAAACGAGGCAACUGAUUUAAUCAUAAUUAGGCAAGUAAAUUAAAUAGCAAAAUUUGCUUGAGGAAGAUGAUCAAUGUGCAAUGGAUGCAAAAUGUUACUGCUAGGUGAUAAAAUAUCAUUAUUGCGUUGGUUUGAAGGCUCAUGAGGCUGAGCUCAAGUGAUAGUUUAGUUUAGGUAUUAAUGAUACACAGCUUGGCUCUAUAAUAUGAUGGGAAUAUUGUAUGAGAAGAGGCCCUUAAAAAGGCCUAGACUAGGGCCACCCGAUGUUUAUCCACAAGAGCCUAAGCAAAAAGAGGACGAACUGACUCCUAACAAUGUGAAGCAUGGAUUCACAACCUCGUUACAGUUGUCAGAUGAGCAUGGCACUGCUAGAAAUUGCAAUGUCACUGCUGCUAAGGUCGGAGCUUAUUUCAAUGCCAUCUUGGCUAAGAAGGAAGAGCUAGCAACCAUGCCUGAUACAAACAGAAAGAAGCAGCAGAUAAAUACAAAGGAUAAUUUUUGGCCAGUGACUGCGAGAACUAAAAAUGGUAUUGAAGCUUGGUUCAAAGAUUUAUCAGGAUGCAAACCACUAGUAUCGUUAGCCAAGAAAGCCCCAAAUUUCAAUAAGAAGGAUGAGAUAUUUAUAAUGUUGUGUGAAUACCAAGUACCCAUGCUCAGGGCUGCUUGGUUUAUCAAAUUGAGCUCUGCUUACACAGUUGCUGUGUCUGAAGCUAAAAUUAAAAAGAGGCAGUUACCAGAUCCAACUACAGAGUGGACAGGAACUUUGAUAAAGUUUCUGAAAGAUCAGUUAUCUAAGCUUCAUGAGUAUUAUCAUUUGAGUUCUUCUUCUACCAACAACUUGAAUUCCAGUAAUCACAGUGGUUCAACACCCAAUGGUACAGCCUCGUUUUCUUCUAACAGUGGUACUACUGCAAAUGGCACCAGUGGUCAAUCUAUUACAGCAAAUGGCAUCUCUAAUACUCAACCCUCAACUCCUAACUGUAAUACUACUUCUAAUGCUCAUAGCUCACCAAUGCCUAUGAAUGAGGAUCAUAAGUUGGCGCUGAAACAGUGGAAUUAUUGUACACAAUUAGCUAAAUACAUGUUUGAAGAGGGUUUGCUAGAUAGACAAGAAUUGUUACAAUGGAUUCUGGAUCUCCUAGAUAAAAUGAAAUCCGCCCCAGCCGAUGACGGAAUCCUGAAACUCUUGCUACCAUUAGCAUUGCAAUAUUUAGAAGAAUUCGUACAGUCAGAGUUAUUAGCCAGGAGGCUAGCUUAUCUGUGUUGUAAGAAAAUUUCACACAUGUGCAACAAUGUGGAUACGACAUGCAAUCCUCAGAGUCCGUCCGUGGUGGCAGCGGCAAUGGCUGCUGCCGCUGCUGCUGCAGCUUCGGCUGUCUCAAAGACCGAAGUAAAUGGCACGAAGGAUGGACUUCCUCCACCGUCACAACCUGCGCCAGUUGUUAGUCAGCUCAAUGCUGUAUUCAAUGAUUACAUGAAUUGUCCGCAUCAUAGAGAUGUUCUCUAUUCUCUGUCAACGAUUAUUCAGGUGAUCACGUUAGAAUGUCCAACAGCGUUAGUCUGGAAUAACGUCGGCGAAGGCAAAUCGAUAUCCGUUUUAAACGGAUCUCCAUUAGAUUUGAUGGUGUGUCCGCCAGCUGCUUUACCCACUCCACCAGCAAGUGCAAACGAACGCACGAGACGACGGUUGCAGCUUGCACAAGAAAACAUUCGAUCUCGAUCUCGAGGUGCAGAAAGUAGAUGGUCUUGUGAUAAAUGGCAACAGAGUAGUGCAGGUAUGACAACAACGAAAGUCUUAGCAGCCUUGGACUCUCUCGACCGACACAGUUUUGAUCGAAUGGACUCAAAUAAUUCACUAGACACAUUGUACGCGAAAAUUUUCACAAAUUCAAGCACAGAUUCUAGCACAAAUUCUCUUACGCCAUCCUCGUCUUCCUCGUCAACUCCAGCAACCGAGCGCGAAGGUAGUAAUGCCAAAAGCGAAUACAAUCCACAGCAAGAUGCUGCUAUAGUUGAAAUACUCUGCGAGUGGGCAGUGAGCGCUGAACGUUGGGGUGCACAUCGCGGUAUGGCUGUGGCCAAAUUAUUAGAGAAAAGACAGAGCGAAGUUUUAGGAGAGAAUAAUGACAACGACGACAAGGACAGUGUGUGUAGUAAUGGCAAUAGUCCACCAGUACUACCUAUCUUUCAACCGCUACUCAUGAAAUUCCUUGAUGUCGAUGCUCCGAUCUUAGACAAUAGCCAUCAGCAAUCCAAAGUGCAAUUUACCAAUCUCGUGCAUCUGUUUAGCGAGCUCAUCAGGCAUGAUGUGUUUUCUCACGAUGCGUACAUGUGCACUCUGAUAUCGCGAGGUGAUCUUAUUCAAGGUCCAGCAGCGAGUAAAGCCAGUACACCUAGUAACAGGGAUCCUAUGGACGAGGAUAGCUUGUUCACUGGUAUGGAUAUCAAACCAACAAGGACAAUGGAUCAUCCGGAUCAUAUGCGUACGGCCAAUGAUUACGAUGAUUCAAAAAUCGAUGACGAUCUCGACAAGAUCUUACAGGAUAUCAAAGAUGUACAGCAGAAUAGCUUGGAUGCGCCCGAUAGCCCAAAGGACAACGAUGCUCAUGAUUUAGAAACGUCGAAACCUUCCUCGAGUCCUAGUCGGCAUUUGUUAUACACUACUCACUUUCCACUACCUCAGGAUGAAACGUGUAGCCAACACGACUGUAAUCAGAGACAUGUUCUUUUAUACGGUGUUGGAAAAGUUAGAGAUGAUGCUAGACAUGUUGUUAAAAAGAUGACGAAAGAUGUUUGCAAACUCUUCGGUAAAAAAUUCAGCAUAGACGUAGCCGAAGGUGGAAAAGUGAAAAAACAUUCUCGCAGCGAGUUCAAUUUCGAAGCCAUCACGCAAAAAUUUCAGAAUCUCAGUUACUUCGAUCAGCACGUAGUUACAUGGCAGUGUGCAACCCAAGUCGUUGAUAUGCUUAAUACGUUUGUUGCUGGUUCGUCGUACCUUCCUGUACAAGAACACGUUGCCUUUCUCUUCGAUCUUAUGGAGCUUGCACUUAAUAUCUACGGACUCAUCGAAAUCUGUAUACAGAUAUUGAAAGAAUUGCCCGAUGUUGAAGCACAAUUGGACGUACGAAAGAGCAAUCUGGUAAGAAGCUACACAACGAAUCUCGGGUUGUAUAUUGUCGGCGUUCUGAGAAGAUAUCAUUGUUGUUUAUUGCUGUCUCCGGAACAAACAACAGCUGUGUUUAGUCUGCUUUGCAAAAUCGUUGGGCAUGUCUCUAAUCCCAGUGACUGUACUUCAGCUGAACGUUGCAUUCUCGCUCAUCUUUAUAACUUAUACUCAAACUGUUCUAUAUUAAAGACUAAACCCCAAGGUUCCGAAAAUUUUAACAAUGCUCAUCCAAAGAUAAGAGCAGCUUAUUACUCGCAGCUAACUCUGACGCCAACGGAACACUCGUAUAAUACACAAUUCAUGCUGGACGUUUUGACCAGUCCGAGGCGCAAUGGUAAAAUUGAACCGCAAUGGGCUCGGCAAAUCAACGAGUCAUCUUCUAAUCGUUAUAGUUUUGUCUGCAAUGCAAUUGCUACUGUGUGUAGCGAGACAGACAAUGAUAGACUCAAUGAUAUUGCGAUAUUAUGCGCUGAAUUGACUGCUUCCUGCAAUGCACUUAAUACCGAGUGGUUAGGCGUACUUAGUGCUCUAUGUUGUUUUUCGACCAAUAGUACAAAUUAUAACGAUGUACAGCUUCACGUUGACGUUACGGACUUGAGCAUACACAAUUCAUUGGCUGUAUUCACGUCCAUUCUUAUUGCUCGACACUGCUUUUCCCUGGAGGACUUCGUACGCCACAUAGCAAUUCCAUCCUUAGUAGCAGCUUGCAACGAAGGUCGCGGUGAUGCUGAAACAGACGCUGAAGCGGGUGCCCGGCUCACAUGUCACCUAUUGUUACGUUUAUUUAAGACGGUUGAAUGCCCGCAGCCGGCACUCUACUCGGUCGGCACUUCACCGCAUCCACUGCCCAAUGGCAAUCAACGUAGCUACAGCAUCAAGCUUAGCUGCGAUCGACAUCUUUUAGCCGCGGCGCACAACAAUAUUAGUGUGGGGCCACUAAUAGCAGUACUCAAAGCGAUUUUAGUUGUUGGUGAUGCUACGGCUGGAAAGCAACCACCUAAAAAACCCGACGCGCAAAUUCACGCCAAGGGUGGACCUGGUAGCGUUGGUGCUGGUGGCUCCGGAGAAUUGUCAAUUAGUCAUAUUUUAGGAACAAGUGACAUUCUCAGUGGUACUGACGAUCUGGGCCUAGACCUGGGUAUGUCUUCAUCGAGUAGUAGCGUUGUAAUGACAACGGAGAACAUGAAGGGGUUGUCAGACUUCGCUCAGCAUGUCCUUAGGCAAAUUUGUAGCCAAGAAUGGGUACUAGAACGUUGUUUACAAAAUCCCGAAGAGCUUUGUCAAGAGGAUGGUCUCCUCGAUAAUAUGCUCACCCCUAGACAAGCGCAAAGACUACUUCACAUGAUCUGUUAUCCCGACACGCCACCAGAUGCCUUUCUAGACCAGAAGACUCAUAUUACGAAUAUUUUGGAGAAUCUCGAGCUUUGGGGUUUACGCAUGUCUUGGUUAGAUUUGCAACUGAUGUACAAGCAAUUCCCUCCAAACUCGAGUGAUCUCUCGCAGUGGUUAGACACCGUCGCCAAAGCAGCUAUCGACGUUUUUCAGCUAAAUAACACUUCUGGCAAACCGGACAAACGUUCAGACUCGAUAUGGUUGGUGGCACCACUCGUCUCAAAACUACCAAGUGCAGUACAAGGAAGAGUGUUGAAAGUCGCCGGUCAAGUUCUAGAAUCGGGCAAUUGGUCAAAGGCCGGUGGUAAAGAAAGAAGAUCCAAAUCGCCGUCUAUGUUCAAUCAUCAGCCAUUUCUCACGCUCGUUCUCACUUGUCUUAAGGGACAGGACGAUCAGAGGGAAGGUUUACUCACGUCGUUACACUCGCAACUAUCACAAUUUUGUACGACUAGCAAAGACGAGAAGAGUCUCACGAACGAAGAUCCAAAAGCUCGCGAAAUUCUUCAAGACGCUCUACUGUUGCGAUUCAGUCUCAUUGGUGGUGUCUUCGAUACGAUACAACGAAAUAUAGCUGUGACCAAUGACUGGGCUAUGUUACUCGUGCAACUCGUCAGCUACGGCGUAAUUGAUCUGAAUAAUAAUGCAGAAUUGUUCACUACGGUGAUUGAUAUGCUAGCCACCCUUAUACAUUCCACUCUGGUAUCUGAUUCGCAGAGCGAGAAAGACGAAAACAAAAAAUACUAUCAGAACCUUAUGAAGAAACUUAAGAAGGAACUGGGUGAAAAAACAAACCAGAGUAUUCAGUUUGUUAGACAAUUGUUGCCUCUGCCGAAACAGACUAUGGAAGUUAUCGCAUGUGAACAGGUCGGUUGUAUUACGGAUACCAAAGGCAACAAAAUUGCCGGUUUCAACAGUAUUGAUAAGAAGCAGGGAUUACAAGUGCACAAUUCUCAGAGAGUUUCAUCUUGGGAAUUAUUAGAAGGCCAUAAGAAUCCAGGGCCAUUGUCGUGGGCCUGGUUUCGAGCGGUAAAAGUGGAACGCAAACCAUUAACGUAUCAAACAGCACACAAAUUGUUACGUUAUCAUACGCACAGCCAAGUCAGACCGGCAACGUAUUAUCUCGAUCCUCCACCUUUACCUCCUGAAGACCUCGAACCUGAUAAAAAAGAAUUGGAACCUGGCAAAGCUGAUACACCAAUGAGUAUAGAUUCGCCUGGUCGAAUGAUGGCUUUAGGUAAAGGAAAAGCUCUCAAACCUAGGAAGCACAGAACUCGCAAGGUUGCUACACCAACGAAUCCAAUGCAGCCAACACCUAUACCGCAACAAGGGCCAAAUCCAAUGCAGCAAAUGCCUUACGGCGCUCAACAAGCUCAGAUGCAACAGCAGCAACCGGGUAUGUUCCCGAAUCAACCACCACAGCCGCAGCAGCAGCAGCAACCGCAGAUACCUCAGCAACAGCAACAAUGGUACCCGAAUCAACAGGCACCUCAUCCUUCAACUCAGCAAUAUGCACCUUACGGCCAACAAAUGACACCAAAUCAAGUGGGAGGACCUCGUUACGAUCGACCGAUACCUCCACUCAAUCAGUCACAGUCGAAACAAGCUCUCACUAAUAUGCUACGAUUGCGACUACCCUCCAAUCAGUUCAUGGGCCAGCAGCAACCUCCACAACAAGCUGCGCCGCCGAAUGUAAACAAUCCUGCGGCAUUUGCUGCUGGCAUGCAACAGCGCAAUCAAUUUAUCAGGCAGCAGCUCCGGGCGCAUGGACAGCAGCAUGCACCACCCGGUAUGCAACCGCAACAGCAAAUGUUCCCGGCUCAACAACAACCGCAGCAGCCGCCUCAGACUAUGUACAGCAAUAUGCAGCAAGGAAUGAAUCAAAAUUACACAGGGUACGGUGGUCAGCAGAUGAUACCUCAGCAGCAGCAACAACAGCCAAAUAUGAUGGCACAGCAACAGAACGUGUUUCCAAAUCAGCAGCAAAUGAUGGGUGCUCAAAAUCAGCAACACAUGAUGAAUGCGCAGAAUCAACAGCAAAUGAUGAAUGUACAAAGGAGUCAGGAGUACAUGCAACAGCAACAACAGAGAAUGCAGCCUGCAGCUGCCACGAGACCCUCUUACAUGCAGGCGCCAAAUGUAACGAUGAACACUAUGGGUCCAAUGGGUGCUGGGAUGCAGAAUCAACCAGCACCUCCUUAUCGACAACCUGCUGGAAAACCUGGCACAGUUAAUGUCGGCGGUGUAGGACAAGCUAAUGUUGGUCUUCAACCAAAUCAACAUAUGCAACCGCAAAUGACAGUGAAUCAGCAACAGCGUAUGAGACAGCUAUUAGCUAUGCAACAGCAACAGCAACAACAGCAACAACAACAACAACAGCAACAACAACAACAAGUCCAGCAACAGGCUGGUAAUGCAGGUCAACAAACGCCUCAAUUAGUAGCGCACCUUCAAAGAAAUCUCAAUCAAACCCCACAGCAUCCUUACCAGCAUCAACCGCCGCCUUACUAAGUGUACUUCAAAAUAGUGUGUGUGGCUCUGUGUGUUUUUCAGCACCACUGAUGGGACACGUUCAAGUGUUUUAAAGGACAAAACUAAGAAAUUAUUGUGAAUGUAAAUUUAAUGUUGAUAAGUAUUUUAAGAGAUUUUUUAAUUGUCGCGUAGCUGUGUAUAAUUUAUUAUACAACUGAUAGUGUUUAGUAGAAAAGAUAAAAGAAAGAAAAAAGGAAUUAUGCAAAUUUAUCUAACU